AAAAAGAUUACAACACGACACCUAGGUCCAAGCCAAAGUUUCUUGUCACACUAAGCAUAAACUGUGUACUGUUACUGUUUAAUAUGUUCUAACAAUAAUGUCAUUCUUUUUCUCAGAUUGGAAGAGUCUGAGCUAAACCUAUUUUCUGUCUGUGUGGGAGCCUCAGAGCAAUGUGGUUCUGCUUGAAAAAGCCCCUACGGAUAACUCACCUCCAACCUGAAAGGUCUCUGCACGAGAAAGAGGAUCCUGGCUACUGGGUGAAGAUUCAUCACUUAGAAUACACAGAUGGGGGAAUCCUGGAUCCAGAUGAUAUCCUGGCAGAUGUCGUGGAAGACAAAGACAAGCUGAUCGCUGUGUUUGACGAACAAGAACCGCUGCACAAGAUCGAGAGCCCCGGUGGAAACCCUGCGGGUCGGCAGAGCCCGGAUGCAUUUGAAACAGAAGUGGCUGCCCAACUGGCCGCGUUUAAACCAAUCGGUGGGGAAAUUGAAGUAACCCCUUCUGCUCUGAAAAUAGGCACUCCACUGCUGGUGAGGAGAAGCAGUGACCCUGCGCCAGGCCCACCUGCUGAUGCCCAGCCCACUGCUUCACACCCCAGUAGCCAGAGUCUGAAACCUGCUAUUCCAGAUUCCAUACAAAACUUAGAAGAUGGAGAAGUUAUGAAUGGUGUACAGACAGAACUACUGAAAUCUCCAAAAACUAAGGAUGCACUGAGCGAGAUGACAAGAAGCGUGGAGAUCUCUGCCGAAGGCGGCCCCUUGGGGAUACACGUCGUCCCCUUCUUUUCCUCGCUCAGUGGAAGGAUUCUAGGACUCUUCAUCCGCGGCAUCGAAGAAAACAGCAGGUCCAAGCGGGAAGGACUAUUCCAUGAAAAUGAAUGUAUUGUUAAAAUCAACCAUGUGGACCUCGCAGACAAAACCUUUGUUCAGGCCCAGGACGUCUUCCGUCAGGCCAUGAAAGCCCCCUGCGUGCUGCUCCACGUGCUUCCCCCUCAAAACCGAGAACAGUACGAAAAAUCAGUCAUUGGACCUCUGAACAUUUUUGGUAACAACGAUGGCGUCUCGAGAGCAAAGCCACCACCUCCCGUCCACGGAAGGUCGGGAAUAAAGACAGCGAAUCUCACAGGAGCGAGCGGUCCCGACGAAGACGCGUCGGCUUCCCCGCAGCAAAGCAAGAGCCCCCGAGUCCCAAGAAUAGGUAGAAAGCCACCCUCUCCCUCACUCUCCCCUCUCAUGGGCUUUGGCAGCAAGAAGAAUGCAAAGAAAAUCAAGAUUGACCUUAAGAAAGGCCCUGAAGGACUUGGUUUCACUGUGGUUACCAGAGACUCUUCCAUACAUGGCCCUGGUCCCAUUUUUGUCAAAAACAUUUUACCAAAGGGAGCAGCAAUAAAAGACGGCCGCCUGCAAUCAGGGGACAGAAUUUUGGAGGUAAAUGGCAGAGAUGUCACUGGACGCACUCAGGAAGAGCUCGUGGCCAUGCUGAGGAGCACCAAGCAGGGAGAGACUGCAUCUCUGGUCAUCGCCCGCCAAGAAGGAGCUUUUUUACCCCGAGAGUUGAAAGGAGAACCUGACUGCCACGCUCUCUCUCCAGAAACAACGGAUCAGCUCACCUUUGAGAUCCCCCUGAAUGACUCUGGCUCUGCUGGUCUUGGAGUGAGCUUGAAAGGGAACAAGUCUCGAGAGACUGGAACAGACUUGGGGAUUUUUAUCAAAUCCGUCAUCCAUGGAGGUGCUGCUUUUAAGGAUGGUCGUCUGCGGAUGAAUGACCAGCUGAUUGCAGUUAAUGGGGAAUCUCUCCUGGGAAAGUCCAACCACGAAGCUAUGGAAACACUUAGGCGAUCGAUGUCCAUGGAAGGAAACAUACGAGGGAUGAUCCAGUUGGUGAUUCUGAGGAGGCCAGAGAGGCCGAUGGAGGAGCCUGCCGAGUGUGGGGCAUUUUCUAAGCCGAGCUUUGAGAACUGUCAGAACGCAGUGACCACCUACAGGAGAGGUGACAAUGGCACGUUGCGUCCGUGUGGCACUGACAGUCCGCACGACAGACAGAGAGAGCCAUUGCUUCCCAAUGACGGAUGGGCCGAGAGCGAACUGCGACCUUCUCCACCUCCACAUCCCGCCCUGGAAUUGGGCCUUGAAGAUUACAGCCACAGCUCUGGGGUGGAUUCGGCAGUGUACUUUCCAGAUCAGCACAUCAACUUCAGAUCAGUGACACCAGCCAGGCAGCCCGAAUCAAUGAAUCUGAAAGCCUCAAAGAGCAUGGACCUCGUGCCAGAUGAAAGCAAAGUCCAUUCAUUGGCUGGACACAAAUUGGACUCUCCAAGCAAAGAUUUCGGGCCAACGCUGGGCUUGAAAAAGUCCAGCUCCUUGGAGAGCUUGCAGACCGCGGUGGCCGAGGUCAGGAAGAACGAGCUUCCCUUCCACCGGCCCCGGCCGCACAUGGUGCGCGGGCGCGGCUGCAACGAGAGCUUCCGAGCGGCCAUCGACAAGUCCUACGACGGGCCGGACGAGCUGGAAGCGGACGCGCCGUCGGACAGGAGCGCGCACUCGGGCCCGCGAGCGCUGACCCCCGACCCCGCGCCCGGCACCCCCGAGCUGGAGGGCGCCGAGGACAAGGCCAGGAAAGCCAAGAAGGCCACGGGGAAGGACAGGAAGAAGGACAAGGGCAAAGCGAAGGCCAAGGAGAAGAAGCAGAAGGAGGAGAGCGAGGACCCCGACCGGAAGAUGAAGAGGAAGGGGCUGGGCGCCAUGCUGAGAUUUGGAAAGAAGAAAGAUGAUAAGGGUGGGAAGGCUGAGCAGAAAGGUCCUGUGAAGCAUGGUGGCCUGAGAGAAGAGGAGCUGGAGAAAAUGACAGAAGAACGGGAAAGGAUUGGAGCAAAACAUCAGGAGCUAAGGGAAAAGCAGGCGAGAUGUCUUGUUGAUUAUGCUGCUGGUACGAUUGGAUCACUGCAUGAUAUGGACGAUGAUGAGAUGGACCCCAAUUAUGCCAGGGUGAACCACUUCCGGGAGCCAUGUGCCCCAGCAAACAUCUAUAGACCCCCAUCGCCCCCCCGGGCCGGACCGCUGGUUUAUCCUCGUGAUGGCCGUCCACUGUCUCCAGAGAGAGACCACUUGGAGGGUCUCUACGCCAAGGUCAACAAGCCAUACCAUCCACCCGUGCCAGUUGACAGUGGCUAUCCCAUGAGUGGAAGUGCUGACCGCAUCCAGAAGUUGAGGAAGGAAUAUUAUCAAGCUCGGAGGGAAGGCUUCACAUUAUAUGAAGACGACGAAGGAAGAGCAAGGCCAUCUGAUUAUGACCUUCACUGGGUGGCUGGAAAGGGUCCGGAUGGGAGCGCGCACGGCGUCCGCUUCGAGGGCAUGGAGAGGCAAUACGCCUCCUUACCCAGGGGCGGACCGGAUCCCGCAGACUAUCUCACGGCAGCACCCCGAGGGCUCUACAAGGAGAGGGAGCUGCCCUACUACCCGGCGGCUCAUCCCGCGCACCCGCCCAAAGGGAGCUACCCGCGCGCCCCGGACCUGAGGGUGGCAGAUCUCCGCUACCCCCAGUACUACCCUCCCCCGCCGGCGCCGCAGCACAAAGGACCCUUUCGCCAAGACGUGCCGCCCUCGCCCCCUCGGCACCACAGGGCGCCAGCCUAUCAGGAAGUGGGCAGGCCUGGGCCCCGCGCGGGCAGCCCAGACCAGUACCCCUACCGAAGCCAGGACCCCCGGCAGAAGAACCCCAUGACUGCGGCCGUGUAGCUGAGCACCGCCAGCCAGCGAGGCCCGGGGAGGAAGCCAGCGAAGCCACCCUGCCUUCAGGCCCCCUUCCCGUGAAGACUGUCCUUGGGACGGAUUAGGGGUUGGUUUAGCCGAGAUCGUGACACCCGACUGCUGAUUAGAGGGAAGAGGAAGGGACAGGCGUUUGGAGGGUAAAUCAGGAGCAAGAGGAAGGAUGGGGCCAUGGAAACAAUACUGCUUGACAUCUGACACGUUUAGGGCGGUUGAAGGCAAUGAGAGCGCCUCUGAAGGAGCACAUGACAGAGGAGGGGCGCCCCGGGCACCUCCCUGGUCUGACACCCUGCAGGCACGGGGCCCACAGAACCGCAGCCUGCAGGCCGCCUCCGCCCUGGAUCGUCUCCCUUCAGAAGCUAAGCUUCCACCCCGUAUUAAGUCUGAAGAGCGGCUGCAAACUUCGGUAUCUUAAGUGAGUAAUUUUUUCCAUGAGAAACAACCAGCAAGCAUGACUUGUGAGCUCCUUGAAACGUUUUACAUCCAGAGGAAGACUGCAUUUCUUUAUCUGUAGAAUUAAUUUCUCAGGUUCCUGGUACCAUUCGUUUGGUAUAAGUGUUUCACGUUCCCUCACUUUUAUAUAAAAGUAAGAUGCGAAUGCAGUAUUAGAGUUCUGGGAGAGUGUGCGAAGCUAGGCAGAACUUCUAGAAGGAACAUUAUUCCAGGGACCACGGUGGCCAGGUUGAGAGGAUUGAAACUCCCAUGGCCCUCACCUUCCUUCUCCCCAUGUGCCAGGCACAAUAGCAUGGGGAGGAGUCCUAGAGGCCUCCCAGGUCUCCUGCUCAUAAUUAUUAUUACUGGGGCCUCUGCUUUAAGCUUCCCACUUGAAGGCUAAAUGUACUUGAGAAAAACAGGGCCCACUGACUAGACCACACAGGAAACAAUGCCCUGGAGGUGCCAAUUCCAGACUCAGUGCCAAACAUCACCAUCUGUACCCCAGGGACAGGGAGGGGCUGACUGUGGCCUUUAGAGACUAAUAACCAGCAGGUAGUAGAUGGUGGUGGCUGACCUUGUGUGUGUGUGUGUGUGUGUGUGUGUGUGUGUGUGAGACCAGUAUGAAUAAUGAAAGAUAAAAAUGCUUUCUGGAAAGUGUGAUGAGUAAGGGAAUAAUAAAGGAAAAAAAGAAAGAAGGGAUAGGAAGGGAGGAGGCACACAAACGAGAUCAUUCUGUAUCUGCUAUAUUUCAUUAACGAAAGUCGGGGCAAGACCAAGGCCAGGGUGUCCAAUUGGGAAAUGAAGGUCUAUGGUUUCAGGAAGCUGAACCUCACCCUCCAAAACCCAUCUCAAUCUCUUUUGAGCUUUGCAGCUAUUUUUCUGUUUAUUUCAACAGAACUUCUAAAACUUACAACCUGGCCCAAAUGAGAGUACAAACAAAAGACUGAGACACAGUAAAACAUGGGAGCAGCAGAUCCAAUUGUCCAGUGACUCUCGCCAUACUUUCGGCCCUUUCACAUUCUUUCUUUAGUCCCUCCCAAAAAUAAAAAUGUCUUGAGUUCAAUUUAGAGGUAUUUUGGUCAACAUUAAAAUACCUCUGACUAAUAGGAUUUAAUAAAUUAUAGUAUUACUGAAUAUAGAGAGUACCCAUCCAGCCCAGUUUAGUCUUACUGUUUUUAAUUUAAAAUAGAAUUCUGUUACCAAGAAUGAUACAACUGCUGGUUUUAGAUUUAAAUCAUGUCAUUUACUGGACUUUAAGAGGUAUCAUUUUCUCAACUACAAUUACUAUGGUCUUGAGAAUGGGCUGUCAAGUCCUUUUUGGCCCUCUCAUCUCUCUCAAGCCAGGCACCUUUAGAUCGUUUGCAGUUUGUGCAGAGAGGUAGAGGAUCUCGGGCCCUGCUCACCCAGAGGUGGGGUGCAGGUGAGCUGUAGGGUUUCCCUGCCAACAUGCCGAACGCUGCCUUUCCUUCAAUCUAAAUAAACCUUGAAGAAGAAAGUGAGACUGUGAGAGUACUGCAACUCAGUUUAAAGCAUUGAAAAUCAGCUCUUCAGUAUGUUCCAUAGUUUAACCAAAUGUCUGUGGACGACUGGACAUAACCCAACCAGAAGGCUGCUUCUGGACUAAGGCCAAGGCUCACAAGAGGUGGCCUGGGGGAGUAGUAUAAAGUGAGAAAUUCUAUGUGCAUUGGAGAAAUGACCUUUGUAGGAAGAAUGCCCAUAUUUUCACCACGUUUCCACCUUGUGAGCACACCUCCUGCAGGCAGGCUCAGGGUAGGUUGCUCCAAGCAUGGUUUUGUGUUGUAUACACAGUAAAACAGGUGCUAAUCCUGAGGGGCAGCCUAUGAUGGGGAGGCACUAUUAAGGUGGACCACAAAAUGAUUAUAGCAGUUUUCCUUUCUUGCUUGAAGCAUAACACAUGCCCCAUCGACCCUGCCUGGAAGAACCCAGCAUUAUGUGUAUGACAGGGGUCCCCUCAAGCCAAGCAACAAUUAAGAGCAGCUUGAAUGUAAGCCUUAUAAAUACCUUUGUCCCAACCCUCCAAUUGUCACCAGAGGUUACAAGAGUCUUUCCACCAUUUAAGAGAACAGGUUGUUUAGAGUAUUUAGAAGACCAGGCUCUAAUCAGUAGGUACCCAGAGUAGCAAGAAAUAGUUCCCAGUUUAUUUAGGGCUUUGGAAAAACUCCAUCAGGUGUCUCCUUGUAGCUCAGGAGGCUAAUACCACCAUCACCAUUACCAUCCACCGCCCCCAGGAGUAGAUGGCACAGGAAGCGCAAACCCAUCGACCCCUACCCACCUGGCUCGUGAUCUGACCACUGGGUCAUUUAAGCCUUGAAGUGAUGUUUUGGCCUCAAGUCACUGAAAAUUUUAGAGGGCUGUUUUUGUCCCUUUUUACAGGAGUAGAGAGAUGAAAGGGAGAAAACCACAGCAAACUUUCAGAUGAAGGAAAAUUUAGUCUGCCAGGGCACACAACAUCUCAUUAGCCUGUUGUGUCACUGGGCUGUGGCUGUGUCACUCUUGGUGCAAUAAUUGCUCCCCACUAUAAAUCUGUGAAUAAAGGCAAGCUCAGAGACAAGAGCAUUUACUUAAAUCACAGUUGAGUAACGAACAAAAAUUAGAAGAAAAUUCCUGUGCAGCUCAUUAUUCUUAGGUGUUUAGGCCUGUGUGCAUUGACCCCCAUAGGCAACACCGAGCAAAGAUUGUAUAAUCAAGAGCGUGGUGAGAUCCACAGUCCCACGGUCACUCCAUGGAGGAAAUCUGCAACACCUGGUAGAGGAGAUUCGAGACUUCACUGUAGCUUUAUUUUUGCCACCAACUCAAUAAAAUUAAAACAUGGUCCAUUAUUUCUUCCAAAGAUUUGUGAACUUCUUAUUUUCUGAAGGAAAUCUACCUAGCGACUUUUGGAGUUGUCAGGCCUGAAGCUGGUAUGCACAGAGAUCAAGCCUUUAAGAGUGCUUCUCCUCCUAGCCUGUAACCACCACAUUUCUUUUCAUUGGAGGAACAUCCUAGCAUUUCACAGGGAGAGAGAGAUCUGGAGAGUUUGGUGUGGAGAGGAAGGUGUGUCUGUCAGAUCCCCGUCAGCAUUAAACUCUGAAAUCCACGAUGAACGGCCUUCAAACUGGUGCUAAAUCGCAUAGACACCCUACUGCUUUCUGAGUCCAUGAGCAACAGAAAGUCCAGAUUUAGUACAAUUAGGCAGGAGGGAGUCAUCUUCCCGAACAUGCUACAGGAGUAUUUCUCUGCACUCCCAGUUCGCACUGACUUAGGUGGAAAUGAUGCCACAAUGAGACCACAAAGAGGAUUCUCCAUAAGAUACCCCUACAAAGUCACGUCUCUGAUAAAAAGAGUAAAAGUUAGAUAGCUAAAAUAAGCCUAGACUCUCACAUGCAGCUACGACUUCUAAGUGAAACUCUUUCUCCCUCCUGUCCUUAAAUAGUCAUAGAAUCACACGCCGCCUGACUUGUAAAGAUGGGCUUAACUACCUAGCGAGUGGAGAGUGAACUAACCCACUGCCCUGGCGCAGCCCUUCGAGAGAGUGCUGUUUACUACUGGAACAUAGAAACAAAACCUGCUGUGGAGACAGUCACUUUUUCUAGUGUUUUCCUGUGCUUAUGUGAUACCAAGUCUGUUCUGAAUAUAAGAAUAUAUGAAUCAUAUUUUGGCAUAUGGGGGUGGAGAAUAAGUUCUUCACAGACUUUUUAAGAUGAUUCCAUUUGUACCACAGAAAAUGUUUUGGAUGUUGUUAUAUAUGAAUAUACAAAUUUUUCUUGUUUUAUUUUGCAUUAAAAUAAAGCUUUAUUCAGUCA